CCCUCCUCCCUCCCGACCCCCCGCGCACACACACACACACACACGCACACACCUCCAGCUGUUACUAACUGACAGACUGGCUGAGUGUGACUGUUUGGUUAAAACAGGGAGGUGACCAGCAGUGGCGGCAGCAGCAGCUCAGUGGAGAAUAGCUCCUCUAUGAACGCCCCUCAGCUCAGACUCUGUUCUGUGAAUCACAUUUUCCACUUUGAGCUGAGCUCCUCCAGCCCCGGCCUGACCGACAGGAGCCGCGCUCUCAAACUUUUCUUCCUCCCUCCAAGGCGCAAAAAAAAAAAAAAAAAAAAAAAGCAGCGGAUGCGCUGUUGGCACAUGGUUUGCGGCUGAAAACGCCCCGAAAAAAAAAAAAAAAAGAUCAGGAAAGACGGAAGAUCGGCGGACCUUUUACUGAACAAUGCUGGAGCUCUUCUCGGUUUCGUGUCUGAUGGGACGUUUGGACCAGCUGUCCUGCUGAAACCGUCGGUCCAAAUGGAGACAAUAGGACGGGUUGUGCCACACUCUGAGCCCUGAUCUCAGACACAUUCACACACACAGAGACAUGGAUCUCCAGGUGAUCGUCUGGCUGGUCUACAGCGUUCUGCUGCCAGCCGUCCUCCUAACAGCUUGUCUUUUUCGCUUCAACUUGCUGUCACUGGUUUACUUCCUCCAUCUACUGCUGCUGCCAUGGUUCCUGUGCCCAAACAAAUACACAGUGAGAGGUCACACUGGUCGCUUUAUUAAAACGGUAUUUUGCACCAGUCUGCUAUUUGUUCUGGCUCAUAUCUGUUUCCAGACAGUUCUGUACACGUACGCUCCUCUCAACACUGCAAUAGGAUAUAACUGUUCACAAUGGGAGACCAUAACCAGACACAUCGGACUGUCCAGGCUUCCCUUGGAGGAUUCCUGGAAUGUGAUCCGUCUCUUGUGUCCGGAUGUAGGAGUGUGUGUGGUGUCACUUGUUACUAUUGUCCUCUGCAGCAGAUUGGUCAGGAACAGAGAAAUGGUGGCUGCAGCCAAUAUAACAUCACUUGAAGAGGAAUCUGCAGACACAACAACAGAGAAUGGGGAGGAGGAGGAAGAGUCAUCAGUUGACGAAGAGGUGGAGGAAGAGGAAAGGUCGUCGAACGGUGACCCUGACGAGGUUUCCACAGCAACCAGAGCCAAGCAGCUGGCAGAAGGUCUCAAAGUCAAAGUGCUGAAAAUCCUGCGGGACCUGGGAAGAGUCAUGGUCGUCGUCCUGCUGGGUUUGGCGGGCAUCACACUGCCCUCUGUCUUCUCAGCACUUUACUUCCUCCUGUUCAUUGGUGUGUGCACAUGGUGGGCGUGCCAUCUACCCAUCAGCCACCUGGGGUUUAAUGCACUGUGUGUGAUGGUGGGCUUCUUCGCUGCCGGCCACCUGGUCUGCCUGUACUUGUACCAGAGUCUCCUGGGCCAGGGCCUCUUCCCUCCACACAGCCAGUGGGCCAGACUGUUUGGUCUGAAGGACAUCAUCAUACCCGGAAACUGCUCCACGCCUGAUGACCUCAUCCUCAAUCCCAGCCAUGAUUGGCCGGUUUACGUCAACCCAGGAAUCCUGCUGGUCCUCUACGUUACCGUGGCGGCAGUUAUCAAAUCAGGACUGCAUGCUGGGUCUAACCAGCAGGAGAAAAGAAAAGCUUCAGCGGAAGAACUGGUCGAGUUAAAGUCCUGGAAUCAACCAAAAGAUGACUGCGAAGACGAGACACAGAUCACCCUGGGGUCCAGCGAAGCAGAAGGUCCAGAGGAAACUACAACUGGAGAACAUCAGUCAGGUGUCACUGCGGCCCCCGGGGGACAGCUGAGCGAGAGCCCGUUCUUCCUGCUGGGACGGGUUGUCAUGCAGCAGAGUUAUGUCUGUGCUCUCAUAGCCAUGAUGGUGUGGAGCAUCACUUACCACAGCUGGCUGACGUUCGUCCUGCUGCUGUGGGCGUGUCUCAUCUGGAUGCUGCGCUCCAGACGCCAUGCAGCCACCCUGUGCUCUCCGUUCAUCCUGCUCUAUGGCCUGGCUCUGUGCUGUCUGCAGUACGUCUGGGCCAUGGAGCUGGAACACAUCCUGCCCACCAAGGUGGGGACCAUGAGUCUCAGACAGCUGGGCCUGGACAGAGCCCAGUAUCCCUGCCUCAGACUGGGAGCUAUGCUGCUGUUUACCUUGACCUUCUGGCUGCUGGUACGUCAGUCAGUGAAGGAGAAUUUCAGGAGGAAGAGCAAAAUGUCUACGCCCCUACAGGAAGUCACUACAAAAGAACUGGGCGCUGGCAGUGAAUCGGUGCUGAAGGUUCUGGGAGGCAUGGUGAUGAGCUGCUAUGCCAAAUACUGGAUCUAUGUUUGUGGAGGGAUGUUCAUCAUGGUCUCCUUUGCUGGAAAACUAGUGGCCUACAAGAUCAUCUACAUGCUGCUCUUCCUGCUCUGCCUCUGCCUUUAUCAGGUGUACUAUUCUCUGUGGAGACAUCUGCUGAAGCUAUUCUGGUGGCUGGUGGUGGCCUACACCAUGCUGGUGCUCAUCUCCAUUUACACAUACCAGUUUGAAGACUUUCCCGAAUACUGGAAAAACCUCACUGGUUUCACAGAUGGACAGCUGGCAGCCGUCGGCCUGGAGACGUUCGCUCUGUCAGAGCUCUUCUCCAGCAUCCUCAUCCCGGGUUUCUUCCUGCUGGCCUGCAUCCUGCAGCUGCACUACUUCCACAAGCCCUUCAUGAAGAUCACAGACCUGGAACAUGUUACCCCCAAACACAGGAGAAAGAAUAAAGAAAGAAGGGAGGAAGUCAGCAUUGAUAAUGUGAGGGUAAACCCUGAGGAAGAAGAACUGGUGGCGGACAAUGAUGAAGAAUCCGAAGAUGAAGAGUUGGCUCCCACUAAGUGGGGCCUGGUGAUGGACAGGAUUCUGGUUCUGUCCAGGAAGUUCACCGACAUCCUUACUAAAGUCCAGGGGUUCCUUUGGAGGAUUCUGGAGCUUCACAUCCUCAAAAUGGUGGCCUUUUUCUCCGUGUGGGUUGCACUUGAAGAGCCAUCGGUGAUGAACCUGGUCCUGGUGGUGUUGUGGUCUCUGGCGAUGCCGUUUAGCCGCUUCAGGCCCAUGGCAUCAUGCCUGUCCACGGUCUGGGUGUGUGUCAUCAUCGUCUGUAAGAUGCUGUACCAACUUAGUGUGGUCAACCCCACGGAGUACUCUCGCAACUGUAGCAUGCCGCUAACAAACACAACCAACCUCCAACCAGAGGAGAUGAUGAACUCCACGCUUUACAAGGAACCUAUAGAUCCAGCCAAGUGGUUUGGCAUAAGGAAAGAUGCGACUGCUUUGGGGUACAGCAAGAAUCAUCUGAUCGUGCUGAUGCUGCUGGUGUUUGAAGCUACAGUGUAUCGUCACCAGGUUCACCACUAUCGACAGCUCCUGCAAUCCCCUCCUGUCAUACCGACUCUCUUCCCCUCUGCAAAGAGAGACACUUUGGACAACGGCCUCAUUCCGUGCUUGAAGUACCUGCUCAACUAUGCCUUCUACAAGUUUGGGUUGGAGAUAUGCUUUCUGAUGACGGUGAAUGUGAUUGGUCAGCGGAUGAACUUUUUAGUCAUAAUCCAUGGCUGCUGGAUGGUGGCCCUGCUGGUGAGGCGCAGACGAGCAACAAUAGCCAAGAUUUGGCCCAAGUACUGCCUCUUCCUGUCCAUCUUCAUGAUCUACCAGUAUCUGCUGUGUGUGGGCAUUCCUCCUGCUCUCUGCAUAGAUUACCCAUGGAGGUGGAACAACCAGCUGUUGAUGAGCUCAGCGCUCAUUAAAUGGAUCUAUCUGCCCGACUUCUACACCGUGCCCAACUCCAAAAACCUGAUGGCGGACUUCCUGCUGCUGAUGUGUGCGUCCCAGCAGUGGAAGGUGUUUGAGUGUGAGAAGCAGGAGGACUGGGUGGUCCAAGCAGGAGAGAACACAGAUGAGCCCGAUCCAAUGGAGGGCCAGCUCUUUAACCCGGCGCCUAACUUCAUCAACUGCAGGAGUUAUCUGGACAUGGUGAAGGUUCUGGUGUUUCGGUACUUCUUCUGGUUCGUGCUGUCCAUGGUGUUCAUCACAGGCGCCACCCGGAUCUCCGUGUUUGGACUGGGUUACCUGAUUGCCUCCUUCUUUUUCCUGCUGUUUGGAACCAAGCUGCUAGUCAAGCCAUCCAGAGUCCGCCUGAUGCUGUGGGACUGUCUCAUCAUCUACAACGUGGCCGUCAUCAUAUCUAAGAAUGCCUUAUCUAUUCUGGCCUGUGUGUUUGUGUCUGAGAUGCAGGCGAGGUUCUGUUGGGUGAUUCAGCUCUUCAGCCUGGUCUGCACAGUUAAAGGAUAUUAUGAUCCUGCUGCAGUGAGCAGUGACACAUGCAGUCUGCCAGUGGAGGAAGCGGGCAUUUUGUGGGACAGCUUGUGUCUGCUCUGCCUCCUGCUGCAGAGGAGAGUCUUCCUCAGUUUCUACUUCCUGCAUGUGACAACAGAGCUGCAGGCGUUUGCCAAGCAGGCGUCGAGAGGGUUUGAGCUCUUCAGAGCCAGCAUCAUGAAGAAUGUUAAGUUUCACCAACAGAUCGAAAAGAAAUCACUGUCGCAGCUCAAAAAAUCCAUGCAGAGGAUUCGCUCCAAGCAGCAAAAGUACAAGGAUGGACAGAAAAGCAGUGACGUCUCCACGGAAACCCAGGAAGCCGCCUCAAGUAGCACUGACCACUCCUCUGAAGCUGAGUCCCAGAAAGACAAGAAGUCUAAGAAGAGAAACUGGUACCAGCCGUGGAUCGACCAUGCAGGAGUCAUCCACUCAGGAGACUACUACCUGUUUGAGUCUGACAGUGAGGAUGAAGAGGACCUGAACUACGAAGAGAAGAAGCCUCAGGCUCAGACUGCGUGCCAGUUGGCAUACCUGGCCUGGGUGACGAGUGUGAAGGCAGCUUUGAGAGAACGCCAGAGACGUCAGAGACACGUGAAGACUGUCAAAGGAAAAGAGACAAAGAGACAAGAAAGAGGAGAUUCCCAACAGGAGGCUCUGAAGGCUUGUGCAGAUGAAGUAUUUGAGGAGGCCGAUGACAUCUGUGAAGCUGAGGAACCUGAGGAGGAAGAGUCUGUGCAUGGAGAGAUGGUGCAGAAGAUCCUGGACAUCCUGCGCUUCCUGUUUGCCAUUAUCCUGGCCAUGGUGGACGGAGUGACCCAGUGGCUCAAUCUGCUCACGAAGCAGUACAGAGACACAUCCACGGUCCUGUGCAACGAACGCUACUUCAUCAUCCACAAAAUCAAGCAGCGCGACACAGCCGAGUCCAGAGAAGACCUGGUGUCCCAGAACAGUGAGAGUUCCAGCCAGAACACAAGUUUGGAUCCAGAACAGGCUGCCAGAAGCAGAUUGGAAACCCCGAGGCGCAGCAGCAACGGGAAUCUCCUCACUGAAGACGUCCUGAGCAGCAGCAUGGGACUACAACCAGAACCGCUAAGACAAACCAGACACUCCAGAACAGCCAGUGAGAUCCUGUCCAACAGGGCGUUUUUCAUCGAGGAGCUGGAGCAGAGUAGAGAGUUCUUCAACAAUCAGAACCGCAUGCUGAGGCUGCUGGUGGCCGUGUUCAACCUGCUGUCAGCCAACUCCGAGCUGCUCUGCUAUUUCAUCAUGAUCCUGAACAACGUGGUCAGUGCCUCGGUCAUAUCCCUGGUCCUGCCCAUGCUGGUCUUCCUGUGGGCCAUGCUGUCUGCUCCCAGACCAACCAAGAGGUUCUGGAUGACAGCGAUAGUCUACACAGAGGCCAUGGUGGUGCUGAAGUACAUCUUCCAGUUCGGUUUCUUUCCGUGGAACAGUAUUUAUGAGAUGACCCUGAACGAAGACAAGCCCUUCUUCCCACCGCGCAUCUUUGGCCUGGAGAAAACCGACAGCUACAUCAAAUAUGACCUCCUGCAGCUGCUGGCUCUCUUCUUCCACAGAUCGCUCCUCAUGCAAUACGGCCUGUGGGAUCACGAGGGCCCACUGGAGGAGCAGUGUGCGUCAUCAGAAGAUGGACAUAACGUCAGAGCAGGAGAGGAAAAUGGGAGCAGGAAGGAGGAAGCUCAAGACGUUAAAAGAAAAGACCAGGACAUUGAAGAAGCGGGUCCCAGCUCAGGCGCCGCCACCAUUCAACCACCUGAUGCAGCUGAGGCACUUCCUGAUGGGCCAGGGGGCGAGCAUGAAACCAGAAACAACAACGUGGAUGUUCUGGAUGGGAGGGAGAGAGAUAGUCAACCACUGACAGAGGACGUCCCGAAGAAGGACACCAAAUGGCUGAUGGUGGACGUCCUGAAAAGGGACAGCAAACGGUUGACAGAGGACGUCCCGAAGAGAGAGAGCAGCAUCCGGUUCCGCAGAAAAAACAAGAAAGCAAAAAAACAGGACAGUAAAGAGUCUCUGUCAGAGACUGUGGAGUCUGUGAAGGAAUCAGGGAAGAAAAAAACAAAAGACAAGAAGAGUGAGGCCAUACUCAGAUUAAUCACUGUGGGACACAAGAUACAACAAGUCUUCAUAACAGGGUUCCAAAAUGUGAAGCAGCCAGCUCAGAGUUUCUUUAGGAGUAUAACCAAAGAUAAAUACCGGGCCUCCACAGAUGUCUACGCCCUGAUGUUCCUCACUGAUGUCGUUGACUUUGUCAUCAUCAUCUUUGGUUUCUGGGCCUUUGGGAAGCACAGCGCUGCAGCAGACAUAGCGUCCACCCUGUCGGAGGACCAGGUUCCCGAGGCCUUCCUGGUGAUGCUGCUCAUCCAGUUCAGCACCAUGAUCAUCGACAGAGCUCUGUACCUGCGCAAGGCCGUUCUGGGAAAACUCAUCUUUCAGGUGAUCCUGGUUCUGGGAAUUCAUCUGUGGAUGUUCUUCAUCCUGCCUGCUGUCACGGAAAGGAUGUUCAAUCAGAACUUUGUGGCCCAGCUCUGGUACUUUGUCAAGUGUAUCUACUUCGGCCUGUCGGCCUAUCAGAUCCGCUGCGGUUACCCCACCCGUAUCCUUGGCAACUUCCUCACCAAGAAAUACAACCACCUCAACCUGUUUCUCUUCCAAGGGUUUCGCCUCGUUCCAUUCUUGGUGGAGCUGCGUGCGGUGAUGGACUGGGUUUGGACCGACACCACCCUGUCCCUGUCAGACUGGAUGUGUGUCGAGGACAUUUAUGCCAACAUCUUCAUCAUAAAAUGCAGCCGGGAAACAGAAAAGAAAUACCCUCAACCUAAAGGCCAGAAGAAGAAGAAGAUUGUAAAAUACGGCAUGGGCGGACUUAUUAUCUUCUUCUUAAUCUGCAUCAUCUGGUUUCCUCUUCUCUUCAUCUCAUUGGUCAGAUCGGUGGUGGGCGUGGUUAACCACCCGAUCGACGUCACAGUAACUUUCAAACUAGGUGGUUAUGAGCCCCUGUUCACCAUGAGCGUGCAGCAGCAGUCCAUCCAUCCCUUCACAGCUGCUGAGUACGACCAACUCACCAAGACGUUUGGAGACAAUGCCGUGGCCAUGCAGUUCAUCACUCUGUACAGCUAUGAGGACAUUGUGACGGCCGUGAUCGAGGGCAGCUCAGGAUCUGUGUGGAGGAUCAGCCCCCCCAGCAGGCAGGAGGUCAUCAAGGAGCUCCUGAACAGCCAUGUAGACCUGACCCUCCGCCUGGCCUGGACCUUCCAGAGGGAUCUGGGGAAAGGUGGGAACGUUGAACACACGUUUGGUAAACAUUCGAUAGACCUGGAGCCUGGGAACCCAGUCAGAGAAGAGCUGGCCUACCUACUGAUUGGCAACCGGACUGAGCCUGUGCUCAUUCCUCACAUGUUCCCUAACUACAUGCGAGCCCCCAAUGGAGCUGAGGCUAAACCAGUCAGUCAGCUGUACAAAGACGAUGAAGCUGAUUACCAGAACAUCACCCUAUCCCUGAAGAGUGACAGAUCUGUGAACGGCUCGUGGGGGCAGGAGUGGUGGGACAUCGCAGUGGCGCCCUGCCGGCCGCCAUGCAGCGUCCUCCCCAUGGUCAUAUUCAACGACAAAGUCAGCCCGCCGAGCCUGGGCUUCCUGGCUGGAUACGGGAUAAUGGGUCUUUAUGUGUCGGUGGUCCUGGUCAUUGGGAAGUUUGUGCGAGGUUUCUUCAGUGAGAUCUCCCACUCCAUCAUGUUUGAGGAGCUGCCCUGUGUGGACCGCAUCCUGAAGCUCUGCACUGACAUCUUCCUGGUUCGGGAAACCGGGGAACUGGAGCUGGAAGAGGAGCUUUACUCUAAGCUGAUCUUCCUCUACCGCUCUCCAGAGACGAUGAUCAAAUGGACUCGGGACAUCCACCUCAGAGAGCAGGACUGACCCCGACUGUGAACCUUACGUGAACAACAGUGAGGAGACGCCUGGCGGACAGCUGAUGGCGGGCGCCUCAGAGACGCUGCUGUGUAGGAGGAGUAACGUGCAAUGUGAACCAUCUCCUCAUGCUGGACUCUUUGUGUUUCUGCUGCUGCCUGAGCAUCUGGAUCAACCUGAGCACACACACACUGUAGGAGUCGGGCUGCAGCCCCUCUGGGAGUCCUGGAGGGGAUCAGGCUGCGGUCCCUCCUGGGGGUCGGGAAGCAGCUGGGUGUCUGUCGCAUCUCUGCACAGCAACCGGAGCUUUGACCCGGGCUGGGUUUGUGUGGGUUGGGCGGCCAGAGGAAACCAGCGGGCGUACGACUUCCUGCUGGUCCAACCAGCUGCAGGCUUUGUGUGUUCACCUUCUUCAUCCUGGAUCGGGUUGGAAGUCAUUAGAAAACAGUUUUUUUAAAGUCGCGGUGAUUGGUUGUCACAGCUAACAAAAGACAAUAUGCUCACACUUUAUUGAAAGAAAAAAAAGAAAGGUAAAAGUAAUUUUAUUUAUAUAGCACAUUUUCAGCAACAAGGCAAUACAAAGUGAUUAGAUUUUUUUUCUGUCUUUUGAAGAUGAAAAUAUGAGGUCCCCAGUAAAGUUUCUGCAGCAGAACCACCCUGUCUGUUUGUUACAGAUGCAUGUAAAGACUCUUAGUCAUAUUUAACUUCUUCGAUUUCAGACUGCCCAGGUCUCUGUGCUGUCACACAAACAGAACAUUUCACACAUUUUGCUCUUUUUCAUCUCAAACUCUAAACAGGAAAUCUGGACCAGCUUUCUGUUUUAAAAGAGGAGUAUGGAAUCCUUGAACUGAGGUUCUGUUGAAGGCUUAGAAGUAAACAAUAUCCUACCUAACACAACUGGUUUUUAGUUCACACAGGCUUUUGAGUGGUCAUUAUGACUGGAAAAGUUAAUAAAUCAUUAAUAAAUCCAGAUUAGUUUGUUUCAGAGGCUGAAGGGCCAAAGUAGAUUUCUGUUGUCUUUUGAAGGGACAGUAUCAUGCAUUUUAUAGCAUAAUCAAUAUGUUACUGUCAGUUGUUAUAAGCUUAUAUCUAUAUAUCAAAAAUAAUUUAAAAUAAACUUGACUUUGCAAUUUUACUUAAAAUUACUUAAAAUUUUAAGUGUCUCUUUAAGAAGCUCCUGCCCUUUCUGAAUCUCCGCUUUCAGAAAGUCGACACAGCAACAUUUCAGCCUUUAACAUCUUUCUUAGAAGUGUUUGCACUAAGCAGAAGCGCAGCUCCACCAGGUGGUUAUGGCUGCUGCCACCUGUCUAUAGGAGCUGAGUAGAAAAGGUGGAGAUCUGUGAGAGCAAGCGUUUAGGCACCUCCUUAUUGAUCACCACAGGAUUCCCCAAACAUGAAUGAAAAAAUCUUAGGAACACUCCAUGCAUGUUUUUGAUGAGGGAAUAACAUUUUAACAUGAUGCAAUGCUAAAAAAUUCAGUUUUACACCAGGCUGCUCCUUUAACUUAUAAAGAAAUGUAGAAAGCAUUAAUAACUUCAGAUCAGUUUCUCUCAGAGCUUGAAGACCCAAAGCAGACUUUAAAGAUCUCCAGUCUCAGUUAUGUGAGCUUUGCUUUAUUCACCUUUGACCUGACGCCAUGCUUACAUUAGAAGUUAUUUACACAGCAGCUGCUGUUUACUGACAUGGGAAAUGAAGGUAGGAGGCAGCGCGCCGUCUCCUUCCUGGAAACAGAACAGCUUCUGCAAAACUAAAGCAGUGGGUUUCAUUUCAACCCUGCUAAUGGUUUUGCUGUUUAAACCAUCUUCCACACAGUUCCACUUAGUGUUACACGUUCCAUUCUCUGUAUAACACAGGAAUGUCGUUGGUGUGCUGCUUUGUGAAAACGGUUAGAAGUCUGCUUUGGGUCUGGCACCUCGGACUACUUCAGCCUCUAGCACCAACGGACCUGGUUCUUCACUAAAACGUUUUCUACUGCUUUUAACAGAACCUCAAAUAAAAAAUCCCAAACUGUCCUGUUGCCAUAGAGUUGGAGUGUCUGUCAGAGAGAUGGAGAAGUAUUGAAUAACGGUGGUGGUGGAAAGCUGGAUGUUGUUUCUAAUUGGCCUCUCUAGUCAAACUGACUGACCAAUUCUCUGAGUCCACCACAGUUCCCAGUUCAAUCCCAUAGUCAACAGACUGGCUGCCAGAGUGGACCCGUCACCAGGCAGCUUUAUCUGCUUCUUCACUCAGUCUGAAACUAUGGAGAGUUUCAGAAGAUGUUGGAAGGUAUAAAUCCCUUAACUCUGCCUAACCUAUAAACCAUAAAAACCCAAAGGAAGAUCUGGUGAGUCUACAGACCGGACAGCUAUAGCAAAGACCUUCAGACACGUCUCUGCAGUCUGUCACAAAGACAUCAUCUCUUCUCGCUUUCUCAGUUUGAACCUAUAAAAACAAAUUGUAUAUGACACAGUUUGAAAGACAAAACAGGAUUUUGGCACCAGAAAAUUGAUUCCCAAAGAGCAGAACAUUUGAACAGUGGAUGAUCGACUAAAGGAAGAUGCAGGCCUCUGGUUCUGUCAGAAGCUCUUCAUCUCAAGAGCUUCUUUUGUCAUCUCAAGAUGUGUCUUUUGUCAGCCUCAUUGUGUCUUUUUUUAAAGACCAGCUUGCUCUCAGUUAAAGCCUAGGUGAAAAAGCAAUCAGAUUCCAAAGACCCAUGUUGAAGGCACGCCGGUAAACAUCUUUGAUCUUUGAAUGAUUUAGAAACAAAGCUAAUUGGAAACUCAUUUUAAAAAUGCAGGAUUCUCUUUCCCACUUCUUUAACCAUGAAAAUGAAAACACUAGCAAAUACCAGCAGCAGAUCUUUAUGUUGCAUCUAAAAUCAAUUAAUCAAUCCAAAGACCGUUGGACCACCAGAAUAUUCCCUGGCUCCCCCCAGACCAUGAGCUCAGUACCAGCCGACUACUGAGCAGCAGAAUUACCUGUUGUGGUUUUUCUGUCAAGUCUGUGGCUGAUGGAGGGAUUUCCUGUGUGCUGUGGCUGUGAUCCACAUCCAGAGCUAAACCUCAACAGUUUAGCCUCGUCUUUUCUGAGUCUAGACCCUAGAACAGAGAUCAACUGAUCGAACCGAUGACCUGCUGUAAGGUCAGUGAUCGGCUCUUAGGCUGGUCACAAGGGGUCAGGUAGUGUGUGUGGAGGCAGAAUAAAACACUAUGUUAACGCUACUGUAAUGAGCUGAGACCUCCUGGUGGAGGUUGGUGCUCCACCAUCAGAUCAACCAGGGGAAUCCUGAGGGAUCCAGAAGGCUCAGCAGGCUUUCUGUGUGCUCCAAGUAGGAAGAUAGUCAGGGAAAUGUCCGACUGGAAGCGUUCAAUUGUUUCCCUAGUUAUGUUCUACCAAGACCAAGAUGUCAGCAUACCAUCCUAGCAGUGAACCAUAAACAGCUCACUUCAACCUUCUGACUGAGCAGAGCUGCGAAUUUAAAUGGGAAGCAGACAUUUAUUUAUUUUACAGUUUAGAGAUGAUGUUUCCCUCACUGGUUUUACUUUUCUUUUUUCUCCCAAUUUAGCCAGAUAAACACCAACAGGUGAUGGAAUGAUACUGACCUCCUGCUGGGAGGCAGUCAUCCAGCUUCCUGCCCUCCUCUGCUUUCUCCCCUCCGUAAAAAAAAUUAGCAACAUGAGAAACUCCAGAUAAACUGUAGAGCUGAAACACUGCAGUGAACAUUCAUUGAACUGUUGGAAGGGUUGGAUGAUGGGUUGCACUUUGAAUUUUCUUUCAUUUCCAGUGAAAAAAAAGCAUCCAUUGUGACUGUAUAUAAUACGUUUUCAUGUUCUGUUAUAUGUCGCAUAAUUUGAUGAUUCAAUAAAGAGCAGUGCGAUAUA